AUGCUCUUCUGCGUGAUGCCGGCCGCAGUCUCGCUCGUCUGCAAGACGCCCUCUCGUCCACUUCCGCGCCCGCUCGCCGCGGACGGCGACGGGGAGGCAUCGUUCACGUAUGACUCGGUGCAGCGGCGGCUGCCGCUCAUCGUCGAGUCCGUCAUCGACAAGAACAGCUACAGCGAGGCGCUCCAGGCGGACCUGCGCUCGCUCGCCGGCGAGAUCGCCGCGGGCGAACCGCUCAAGCCGCUGGCCGCGCCUUCAGCAGAGUGGGAGGACGCGCUGGCGCCUCUCCUCGCCGCUGGCGACACUUGGCUGUCGGCACAAAUCGUGCGCGAAUGCCGGGAUCAGUUAUCCGACACAGCGUCAUCCAUGAGCCGCGCAGUCCUUGGCUCGUUUGGGGCUUGGUUGGGUCUUAUCGUCGUGGACUCUCGCUACAGCUCCUCCGUUUUCCGUCUCCUGACAUGGAUCAUGGCGCUCACCGUCGACCGGGCGCGGGCGCUGCUGCGCGGCGGCGCGGACUCUUCGGCCGGCGAGCCGUCGGCCCUCGAGCGGGCGCGCGUCCUCUGCUCGUGGGGCGAGUCGGAUCCGACCGCUGCGGCCGUCGGCUCCACCGUCGCGAUCCACUCUCUCGUCUCGCGGCCGUCGAUGAAUGGCAAGGUCGGCGUCGUCGUUUUCGCGAGCGCUUCGACGGGACGCUUCGGCGUGCGCGUGGCGGGCGAGGCCAAGGCCCUCGCUAUGAGGCGCGCUAUGGCCUCUCCCCCACUCGCCGGAUCCUCUCUUUGGACACACCCCACGCCUCCGCCCAUCCUCAGGCCGGCCAACCUGGAGCCAGAGGCCGCGGCGGUGGAGGCGGGCAGGCUCAUCCUCAAGGCGGCGGAGUGGUCUCCGCAGUCGCACGAGCUCUUCCCGGAGGCGGCUCGCAAGCGGGCGGUCGAGGUGAUGCGGCUGGGCUACCUGAUCGCUUGGGACGAGGAGCGCUUCGAUAGCCGCGAGGGAGCGGCUCCGGAGCUGGCGGACCUCUGGCGCAGCUUUGUGCUGCCAAGGGUGGUGGGAAUUAUCUGA